AUGCUUGAAAACUUGGAGCACAUCAAAUUUCUUACAAUAAAUGUUGUGCAACGUGUGAAGCAAAGUCAGGCUAUUGCUGUCCCUAAAAGUCAACAUCUUCAAGAUCUCACUCUCAUGUGCAACCUUUCCAUUGAAACAGCUGAGGUCCCCGAGUUCCAAAGAGCCGAUGCAGCCAAUAGUUUGGUGUACGAAGCGAAUGUGAGGCUUAGGGACCCAAUCUACGGUUGCAUGGGUGCAAUUUCUGCUCUUCAGCACCAGGUACAAGCCUUGCAAGCAGAGCUCAACUCUGUUAGGGCCGAGAUUCUAAGGUACAAGUACCGCGAAGCUGCCACCACAAUCCUUGCCGCCGAGCUGCCCCAGGCUCCGCCUACUCCGACACCUUCUCAACCGGCUCCAGUGGGGCCCACGGCUGGCUUUGGUGGCGGAAUCUCGAAUAACAACGUGCAUUUACCGUAUUUCGAUUAA